AUGACUUCUACCAAACCAGAGAUAGGCUUCGUCGGCCUCGGAGCCAUGGGCUUCGGCAUGGCCACCAACCUCGUCAAGCAGGGAUACUCCGUCAAAGGAUAUGACGUCUUUCCUGCAUCUGUUGAGCGAUUCAAGGUCGCCGGUGGAAUCCCAGCGACAUCUCUGAGAGACUCGGCAGAGGGGAAACAGUUUUAUAUCUGCAUGGUAGCAUCAGCGCCCCAAGUGCAGGAUGUAUUGUUUAAUCCGGAGACAGGGAUCCUUGAUGUACUCCCCCAAGGCGCGACAUUCCUGCUCUGUUCCACCGUCCCCUCGGCAUACGCCCAAUCCGUCGAAAAAGAGCUCAAAGCUCGCGGACGAGACGAUAUUUUGUUUAUCGAUAGUCCCGUUUCCGGCGGCGCUGGUCGUGCAGCUGAUGGAACGCUCUCCAUAAUGGCCGGUGGCAGCGACGCCGCUCUCGAAAAGGGGAAAUUCUUACUUCAAGAAAUGUCCGACGCAAAGAAAUUGUAUUUGGUGCCUGGCGGUAUUGGAGCGGGUAGUAAUAUGAAAAUGGUGCAUCAGGUUCUUGCGGCGAUUCACAUUGCGGGCGUGAGUGAGUCGAUGGGUCUUGCGGCACGAUUGGGGUUAGAUGCUCGUGUUGUCGCGGAUGCGAUUAUAAAGUCGGAUGCGUGGACCUGGAUGCAUGAAAAUCGUAUUCAGAGGAUGCUGGAAGAGGAUUGGAAUCCAGGUGCGAGUGCCAUGACGAUCAUUCUCAAAGACGUGGGUAUCAUCACAUCAACCGCACGAUUACACAAGUUCCCUACACCUCUUGCCUCAUCAGCAGAACAGCUCUACCUCACCAGUCUCGUCCAUGGUUAUGGCCCCAAGGACGAUUCAUCCCUCGUCCGCAUGUACACCCCUGAGUCGAUAGCCAGCGUGAAAUGCACCCUUUCGCCCGAGGAAACAGCGCGCAGACUCCAAAUGGUCAUCAAGUGCAUGCAAUACACCAACAUCGUCGCAGCAGCAGAAGCCGUCGCAUUUGCACGGUACUUGAAUGUCGACAUGAAACAGUUCUAUGACCUGGUCAUCAACGCCGCCGGAGGGAGCAAAAUGUUCAACACGCUCGGCGUGACAAUGGGUGAGGGGAUACCGACGGGAAACUCAUCGCAGGGGACUCUGAGUAUUGAUGGUAUUAUCAAAGAGCUCAGUGCUAUUGUACAGGAAGCGAGAGAUUUGUUUACGCCAUUGCAUCUGGCCACUGAGGCGCUGACUCAGUAUUUGGUAGCGCAACGACGUGGCUGGGGGUCUGAGGCCGCGACGAGCAUUAUCAGGGUGUGGGAGAGCUAG